CGAUGCUUGGAUUAUUGACGAGGACGAGGACAGCCGCGGUGCGGUCGCUUGCGACUGCUGCGGCAGGACCGGCAGCGGGACGUGAUGCCAACCUUGCGGCAAGACGAGGAGGCGUUUUGAUGCGGCAGCCGGCGGCGGCGGUGUUACCCUUCGGGAAGAGUGCCGAGAGCAAGAGGAUGCACAGCUCGGCAUCAUCGGGGCUUGAGAUGCACGGCACGACAAUCUUGUGCGUCCGAAAGAACGGGAAAGUGGUCAUGAUGGGGGAUGGGCAGGUCAGCCAGGGAGACAUGGUGGUGAAGCCCAACGCCACCAAGGUCAGAAAGCUGGGGGACGGACGCGUGUUGGCGGGGUACGCCGGGUCGACGGCCGACGCCUUGACGCUCAUGGAGCGCCUCGAGGGCAAGCUUGAGGAACACGAAGGACAACUCAUGAACGCGUGCGUUGCCCUGGCGAAAGACUGGAGGACCGACAAGUACCUCCGCCGACUAGAGGCGGUCGUUCUAGUGGCAGACAGCAAGUUCUCCCUGAAGGUGACGGGAUUGGGCGACGUCCUCGCACCAAAUGGAGGGGUGAUCGCCGUGGGGUCAGGGCAGCCUUACGCCCUAGCGGCCGCGCGAGCUCUCUCUGGGCAGGAAGACCUCAGCGCGGAGGAGGUAGCCCGCAAGUCGAUGGAGAUUGCAUCGGAGCUUUGCGUGUACACUAACAACCACUUCACCAUGCACUCGCUGGACGUGGAAGAGGAGGAGAGCGAAGCAUGAGUAG